UGUUUAUAUAUGUUGAUUGCUCUCUGUAAGCUUAUUCUGUAUUCGAUAUAAUUUAACAUCUGCUUUAGACAUUUAUAAACGAUUUUUAAAUCUCUAAAAUGACAGCUUUACUAAAAAAAAGAGCUUCGGCUUUAUAUUCGCAAACUGUACAGGAAUCAGCAAAAUCGUCUCCUCAUAAAAUUAAAGUAAUAAGAAAAUCUGUAUCUAAUAGCAGUUCUGGAGCAGUUUAUAUAAAUCUUUUAAAACAAAGCAAAAGUAGCAAUGAAUCAUUGCAAUUACUUUUACGGGUUUCAGACAGUUUACAAAUUGACGAGUCAGAUAUUCCUGAUAUUUUACUCAAAUUGAGAGAACAAUAUCUAAAAGAAAACGAAUCAGCAGUUAGAGUUAAAAUUGUAUCAUUGAUAGGUGACAUAGGAUCUCAAGCAGUUACAUGUAUAAAGGUUUUAAUUGAUGAGACGAUAAAUUUACUACAGAGAGAAACAUCAAGUAAAGUAACAGCUCAAGGACUUACAACAUUAUUGAGGUUAUGGGCCCAGAUCCCAUGUUUUUAA